GAAGGGUUCUGUUCUAGUCACCGAAAUCAGAUAAAAAUUACUUGAUAAAAUGACUUAUCAUGUUGUUGAAGAUCCCAUAAAAAAGGUUGCUAUCUUUGGAGGAACUCAUGGGAAUGAGCUAACAGGAGUAUUUCUGGUCAAGCACUGGCUAGAUAAUGGUGCUGAGAUUCAGAGAACAGGGCUGGAGGUAAAACCAUUUAUCACCAACCCAAGAGCCGUGAAGAAGUGUACCAGAUAUAUUGACUGUGACCUGAAUCGAGUUUUUGACCCUGGAAAUCUUGGCAAAAAUAUGUCAGAGGAUUUGCCAUAUGAAGUGAGAAGGGCUCAAGAAAUAAAUCAUUUAUUUGGUCCAAAAGACAGUGAAGAUUCCUAUGACAUUAUUUUUGACCUUCACAAUACUACUUCUAAUAUGGGGUGCACUCUUAUUCUUGAAGAUUCCAGGAAUGACUUUUUAAUUCAGAUGUUUCAUUACAUUAAGACUUCUUUGGCUCCGUUACCCUGCUACAUUUAUCUUAUUGAGCAUCCUUCCCUUAAAUAUGCAACCACUCGUUCUAUAGCCAAGUAUCCUGUUGGCAUAGAAGUUGGUCCCCAGCCUCAAGGGGUUCUGAGAGCUGAUAUUUUGGAUCAAAUGAGAAAAAUGAUUAAAUAUGCUCUUGAUUUUAUACAUAAUUUCAAUGCAGGGAAAGAAUUUCCUCCUUGUGCUAUUGAAGUCUAUAAAAUAAUGGAGAAAGUUGAUUAUCCCAGGAAUGAAAAUGGAGAAAUCGCUGCUAUUAUUCACCCUAAUCUGCAGGAUCAAGACUGGAAACCGCUGCGCCCUGAGGAUCCUGUGUUUUUAACUCUUGAUGGAAAGACAAUUCCAUUAGGUGGAGACUGUAUUGUGUACCCAACGUUUGUAAACGAGGCCGCAUAUUAUGAAAAGAAAGAAGCUUUUGCCAAGACAACUAUACUAACACUCAAGGCAAAAAGUGUUCGCUCCUCUUUACAUUAGACGUCACUUCUGGUUCGCUUGUUAGGCAGUAUCUUGAAAAGCUCCACUAGUCUGUAAGCCCCCAAAGGGCAGGGUUGCGCUGGAUUUAAUGUGCCUUAUUCAUAUCCCUGGCACCUCUUCGGUGCCUUGCACACAGUGGGCAUUUGGGCAAAUUCUUGAAUGAAUGAAUGAAUAAAUUAAUUAAUUAAUGAUAUCUUUUAAAGGUAGCAUAUU